AUGGCUCUGCGUGGUGCGCCGACUCGCCUGGGUGUACACCGCGUUGGCUAUACGCAUCCCAGCACUCUCCCUGUUCCGUGUGCCCAGCGCUGGGACCUGCGGCUGGCGCGUGCCCGCAUUUUUCAGGAGUACAUUGAGGAGAAAGCGCCGGGUGCGUGGCAGUUAGAGGACGAGCGGUCCAUGUCGCCGGAGUUCAAGACUUUUACGGGGUACCCAAUGCGGGAGAUGCGUCCGGGGUACGGCCAGAACCUUCCUGACUACAUCAUGAAGAAGCGACUACCGAACAACACACAUUAUGAAUUAUUUGCUAGACGUGAUAUCCCUAAUGAGGAUAACGCAAUGUAUGGAAAGUAUCUCUACGACAUGACCGUGCAUGGGACGUCGCUGCCGUCGACCUAUAGGAUGCACAAAGACAUCAACAAGGCCCAGCGUAACGACAGGAAACUAUCGGGGAACCGAUUCAAGGUAAUUUGUUCCUCUGGAGCAAAGAGGCCGCCUUCGGGGUGGGAGCCAAUUCCAGAUGCUGUGGAUGAGGAGGAGUAA